AGCUCUUGGGUGAAGACAGGUUCGUGUCAACUAUGGAAAAACGGUCAUCACUCUCAGCGGUAUGAUACACAAUUAGAGUUGGAGCAAAAGGGCACAGAACAAAAGCUGGAUAGCUCAGAACUAACAUGUUAUUACAGUACUGGCAAAAGAAAGAAGCUUGUCAUAAAUCUGGAGGAGGUGAUCGCUAUUGUCAAUCACAGUAAUUUUCAGAAAAGGUUGCUGGUCAUCUACACUGCUCGUCGAAAUGAGCCAGUGAAACUUGUAUUUCAGUCUGACCAAGAGCUGGAGGAUUGGCUAGCCACACUGAAUCAGUCUUGUGCAGACAUUAACUCCCUUCUUGGGCGACCUCCAAACUCUGCUGUUUGGUCAACCACUUUUAAAGGUGAUGUUUAUGUUCACGGUUCAAAGAAUACUAUGCAAGGUAGUCCCUCUGCUCACAGGAUUUGGCGACUGCUUGGAGGUGGUCACUUGAAUAUUGCUGAAACUUGCCCGGCUGGAGUAGUGUGGGGUUUAAGCUAUGACAACACUGCCUGGGUUUACACUGGAGGCUAUGGUGGAGGUGUAUUUAAAGGCAGGUCUGGGUGCAACAUGAAAGUUCAUCCUAUGACAGAUACUCUAUACUGCUUUGUGUAUGAAAAUCAGAGAUGGAACCCUCUGACUGGCUUCUCCGCCAGAAGACUUCCUACAGAUCGUUACAUGUGGAGUGACAAAACUGGUCGUCUCGAGUGUACCAAAGAGAACACUAAGCUACCAUCAGUUCACUGGCAGUGGAUAUCGGAUUGGGCCGUGGACUUCCGAACACCUGGUGGUGUUGACAAAGAGGGUUGGCAAUAUGCAGCAGACUUUCCGUUUUCUUAUCACUCUUAUAAAGGUUUUACUGAUUAUGUUCGGAGAAGAAGGUGGUACAGGAAGUGCAAACUUAUCACAUCAGGACCCUGGGAAGAGCUGUCCUCGCCACCAUUGGUCGAUAUAUCUCUUCAGGUAGAUCACUCCAAGACUCCAGGUGAACCAGUUGCUUUGUGGGCAGUGGAUGUAAAUGGUGAUGUUCUUUGCAGAGUUGGGGUCACUGCUGGUAAUCCUGAGGGAAUAUCUUGGACUCAUGUUCCUGCUGAUGUACCAUUUCAAGCUAUCAGUGUUGGAGGGAACUUUCGAGUUUGGGGAAUCACUAGAGAUGGCUCAGCUAUGUUGAGAAAUGGUGUUUCAGAAAACUGUUUGACAGGUCAUGUGUGGUUUCACGUAGAGCCUCCACAGACGUCAAUUCCGCUACAGCAGGUGUCUGCUGGGAAAACUUCAGUGUUUGCGGUUGAUGAAGAAAAAAACUUGUGGUUCAGGAAAGAGAUUGUGCCCAUGUUUCCAGAGGGAACUUGUUGGAAAAAGAUAUCAAGCAACAUACGAAUGGUCUCCGUAGGUCCUCAAGAUCAGGUGUGGGUUGUUGCUGAUGAAGUACAAACUGCCAAUGGUGUCCACAAUGGAGUUGUUCUUCAACGUGAUGGUAUUAGCGAUGAGAACAAGAUAGGGACUGGCUGGUCCAGUAUAAUAGAUGGUGGUUGGCACUAUGUCAGCGUACGAGGACAUGCUUAGACUUUGAAAGAAAGAUAUCUAAUUAUACAGCUACACAGAGCCAGAGAACUGCUACUGAGGUUUCUGAGAAAUUGAUUUGUUAACUUCUUUUUAGGAAGCGAACAUUUGUCUCGGUAGUAAAGGAAAUGGAACUUUUGGGACUUCGAAAAUUCUUGCUACGUGAAUCCUGUGACCUUUGUUUUACAUGUUGAGGACAGGAAAUUUUUUAUUUACUUGAUAAGUGUACGAUGUUUUGAGUUAUCUUUUACUCGCUACAGUGAACUUAUAUUAGCCUAACAUUUAAAAAAUACAUGGCACUGAUGCUAAAAUUUAUUUCUUUUGAUUUAUUUAGCAGACAAGCUAGUAAAAGUACGCAAACUAAAUAUUAAGUUUAAUUGUUUAUUAGCUUCACAACUUGUUACUGAGUUAUUUUGGUUUGGGGGAAUUCCACGCCUCAUUAGCAACCCUCUAUAAGGGCAAAUCAAAAGAUCAAGGCUGCUGUGGAACGUAUAUCUGAUGCGAUUUUUUUACUUACCACAGUGAACUUGUGUGGAAAACAUGUGUCGUUUUUUCUAAUUAAUACUUGUUAAUUAUUUAGCAGACAAGAUAUAAAAGAUAAAUAUUCAGUAACAAGUGGACCACAGUGAAGAACAUCAGAGAAUAGAGGAACACAAGUUAACUCGUUGUUCACUAGUUUAAUAGCAGCCCAGAUGACUUGUAACACAGGGUGUUUUAUUGUACCGAUGGCUUAUCAAAGAAAGGAACACAAGUUAACUCGUUGUUCACUAGUUUAAUAGCAGCCCAGGUGACUUGUAACACAGGGUGUUUUAUUGUACCAGUGGUUUAUCAGAGGAAGGAACACAAGUUUACUCCUUGUUCACUAGUUUAAUAGCAGUCCAGAUGACUUCUCACAAAGGGUGUUUUAUUGUAUUAAUUUCUUGUUUUCAGUAAAGAAGCUAGUCACUUAUUAUCAGAAAGUUUAAUAAGUAUUAUAACUAGUUUCAUACUGAACACAUCUACUCAGCCUUAAUAUAACUGACAUCUUUAGUAUUUGUAUUUUUUAAAGGUACCCCGGUGUGUGUGUGUGUGUGGCCAAAUGGCUACCUUAAAAAAUAUUCACAAAUAACUAUUUAGAUUCUGAUAUGGUUUUUAGAUGUUUAAGUUUUGGACUGAUCAUGUUGGUUUUAUUGAAGCGACGAAAGAGGAUGGGGAUAAA